AUGUCUGGCUACAACAGCGGGCGUCGAGCCCCGACUUUCUCGCAUUACUUGAACGAUCUGAAUACCAUUCCUUCGCCAUAUGAUCUGGCACAACAGCAAGCGGAGCGGCAGGAUCUAUUCAAUGUGGAUGCUGAAUUGGCUCUGUUUACGAAUGCGGAGUUCCUGGAUUUUGAUGCUGUUGGGGAUCUAUCUGUUGACCUGCCCGUGAAAUUUGAACGCGUGGAGGGAACCGAAGCGCAUAAUAAGGACUCUCCGAGCACCGUUGGCGAUGGUGAUAAUAAUGUCAAGUACCUGGAUAUGUUGAAUGACUUCAACAUCACCAGCUACCCGCCUGACUUCCAAUCACCCAUCGUCCCCAUGCAGGCACCCGCCUACCCGCUGUCCCAGCUUCAAGCCCCCGGCCACAAUGGAGCCCCCGUAACCUCUGGAGAGCUCGGGCACUCGGUAACCCCCCAGCCCGUAUCAGCCAGAUCCUCAUCCAACGUAUCCUUGGCAUCACCUCUGUCUCAAGCCGCCAAAAGGAAACAAGAAGCAAUGUCCCCCGGAAACCCAAGCAUGGACGAAGCCGCGCGACUGGCACAGGAGGAAGACAAACGCCGCCGCAACACAGCUGCCAGUGCCCGCUUCCGCAUCAAGAAGAAGGAGCGUGAAAAGAACAUGGAGCGCACCGUUAAGGAGAUCACGGCCAAAAAUGCCACUCUCGAGGCCCGCAUCACCCAGCUCGAGAUGGAGAAUCGGUGGCUGAAGAACCUGAUCACGGAGAAGAAUAAUGGUGCCAUUGCUGACGGGGAUAUUGCUGGCAUGUUCGAUAAGUAUCGCGCGAGCGCAGAGGCGGCUCAGCAACAACCGUCGAACGGCUUGGAGAGGAGAAAAGCGUAA